UAUGUAUUGAUUAAUAGGUUACGUUUGUAAAAAUAGUAAGAAAUGGAUUAUGGAUUUUGCGAUUUAUGCGUUCAUGCAUCGACAAAUAAACGAAAUUUGAGGGAAACUCUAUUAAAAUUAUACAACGUUGGUUAUAACACAGUUGCACUUAAUCAAAAUGUUGAUGAAAAUGUAUUUCAUAACGAAAAAAAAAAGAAGAAAAAAACUGAUGAAAAUGACACUGUAAUUCCAUGUAUACCUGAACCAAUAGAUGUUAAUGAUUUACUUGAAGAAUUUAAAGGAAAACUAAAUAUUUUACAUAGAAUAACCUUUUCUUUCUCCGACCCAAUAAAAACGCAUUCUUUGAAUCAGUUGCCAAUUUUAAAUAAAUAUAACUUAUAUGCCAUUAUUCCAAAAAGCCAAGUAGCAUUUCAGUUUGCCUGUUCUCAACUUAAUGUAGAUAUUAUUACAAUAAAUUCAACUUCUUCUCAUAUAAAACUAAGUAGGAAAUUAUAUUCUCAAGCAAUAGAAAAGGGUAUUCAUUUUGAAAUAAAUUAUUCCGAUGUUAUAAAUACUUCUACUCGUAAAUUAGCUAUUUACCAUUCACAUUUGUUGUAUACGUUUGGAAAAAGUAAGAAUGUUAUUAUUUCGAGUGGAGCCAACAAUCAUUAUUCUAUUAGAAAUCCAUAUGAUAUAAUUAAUUUAGCUAGAUUAUUAGGAUUGAAUGAAGUAAAAGCUAAAUGCUCAAUCCUUCAACAGGCUCAUCGAGUCCUUCUAAAAGGAGAAGGGAGACGUUGUAGAAAAGCUAUAUUUAGAAUUUAUCGUGAUACUGAUGACGACCUUAAGUUACACGAUCCAGCGGCGAAGAGACUGAAAUCAUAA